UAGAGCCGCCAUAUCAGCAGCGGGUCUAGAGGCACCAGGUUGGAGCCAGCACCGUGUCUCCCAGUGGCUGAAGGCAGCGCAGACUCUAAGGACCCUUUGCCUCUGGCAACCCCAUAGACCGGAACCCAAGAACUGCAGCACAGAGCUCUGCAUACUCAAUGAGCCAAAACCAGGGUCCCAGUCACAACUCUUCAAGGCUUUUGGCACGGAAAGAAGAGAAGAAUAAAUUCCAGAUGCGGAUCAGUGGGAAUCUCUUCAUCAAAGAGUUCUUGGAAUUGUUGGCUAAGUGGCAGCCAGCUGAAAACAUCAAAAAGCAAUACAUGGAAAAGGUGCUGCACGCAGUGUUCUUCUUUGGAAGGCUGAAUCAGAGGCAGAUAAGACCCAGCGAAUUCCUACUCUUCCAACCUUUCCAGAACCUGCAGGAGAAUUAUCCUCGAUCAUUCCAAGAGUACAACACCCACCUGCCCACCAUGACACCAUACUCCAUCCUGCUGCAGUUUGGCAACGAAGUAGCAGGAUGCAGCACCCAAAAGGAAAUGGAGUCUUUCCUGCAUGAAUUUAAUAGCGCUGUGGAAAAAACAAUGCAGGAUCGAGAACUCAAAAUGAAGCCCAGUGAGCUCACCUUCAGAGCCGCAGUUGUCGCUUACAGCUUUUACAGAGAACCCAAAAAACCUGAGAAUAAAGCAGGCUUCCCUCUCUUUUAUGGAGCAUCUGUCUCCUGCAAAGGGCUGAUGGAGAAGAAGAUCAUGAUCAGCAUCCUGUGCCUCAGGACGUGGCACAAGGCGGUGGCGUUCGCAGUGUACCACGGGCAGGAUAAUCUGGUCAUUGUCUUCCCUGAUGAAGUGCAGUGCCGAGCCUUCUGCUACAGCAACGGAGUCUUCAUAGAAAAGCCACCCUGCGUGAACUGCAAGAUGAUGUAUCACGUCAACUUCCAGCCGUAUGAGGGUGACACCAGGGAAAACAUCCCAUGGCCGCACGGAAACUGCGCUGAGAAUGAGAGCCUGAGCAAGCUGCUGCAAGGCACGUCGGGGCUGCAGGAGAAGGUCGUCUCAAAAGACACUUCUGUGAUAAACAAUCCCCCACAGAACACCUACCAGGCCAUUGAGCAAGAAUUUGAAAACAACAUACAACAAAAUCUUAGAAAUCAGCUUAUCAGGCUGCUUCAGAACAAAAAUCUUCCUCAUCGUCUGCAGUUUUUUGAACCAUAGUGAGUGCCAGAGAGGCAUCUGCAGUGCUGUGUAUCAGCACAACACCCCCAAGCCCCUGUCUUCCUGCAUACUCCAUGCCUCCAAACCCAGCUACAUGCUCAUGCCAGCAGGUUCUGCUCAUCUAGGGUGAGGAUGCAGCCUGGCUCUAUGUCCUGCCAGCAGCACAGUGAUAGCAUAUCCAUUUGCCUCUUGCUAAUCUCCAUCACACAGGGCUCUGCUUUUCACCAGUGUAAAUAAACAUGUCUGAUUUUCGGUUACGUACCUGAUGA